AUGAGCCCAGAAAGGUUCAAACAUUUAUUGACCCUGGUUGGCCCCUUAAUUACCAAGAAGACUACUAAAAUGAGAGAGCCCAUUUCUGUUGCAGAACGCUUAACCCUCACAUUGCGCAUGUUGACCAGUGAGGAUGAUCAACAACCAUUAGCUUUCAGUUAUUGCCUUGGUAGGACCACUGUCAGCCACAUUCUGAGGGAGACAUGCAGUGCAAUUUAGAAGGCCCUGGGAGACAUUCAUGUAGGACCACAAAGUUCACCUGACCACUGGAGAGAAAUUUCAAAGGAAUUUGAAGACCUGUGGAAUUGAAUUACGGUCAGGUUGCCGAUGGUUCAACUCGCCAACGCCAACUUGCCAACCCAUAAAAUCGAGUGGAAAUGUUGGCAGUUUGGUCUUCAAUCCAGUACAACUUAUUAGAAGUUAAACAUGUAGAAAAGUAAAAGAUCUUUUGUAAGAAAGCAAUUUUUUUCUUCUUCCAACAAAGUCUAUAAAGACAUCAUGGUGAAUAAAGCAGGGAAACAAGGCCAAUGACUUAGAAAGCUCAGACGCGACCAAGAUAUUGUGUGACAACAACACUGCAAAGACUCUUCGUGUCAAUCGGUCAGAUUUUUUUAAAGAAAACUUGGCUUUCUGGACAAGAUCUUCAGUUCAAAAACAAUUCUUUUUCCGACAAAGUUUAUAAGGAUGUCAAGGUGAAUAAAGCAAGGUGAACAUCGCCAAUGACCAAAACAGCUUUAGAUGCGAGCAAGUUAUUGUGAGACAACAACACUGUAAAGACUCAUCAUGUCAAUUGGUCAGAUUUAAAAAAAAAAACUUGGCUUUCUAGACAAGAUCUUUGGUAAUAAACAAUUCUAUUUAUUUCUAAUAAAUUUUUUAAGAAUGCCAAGGCAAAUAAAGCAGGGUGAACAUCGCCAACGACCAAAAAAGCUUUAGAUGCAAACGAGUUAUUGUGUGACAACUAGCGAAUUGUUUUUUACGAACGAUCUUGUCUAGAAAGCCAAAUUUUCUGAAAAGAAAAUCUGACCGAUUGACAUGAUGAGUCUUAAAUUUUGUUGGAAGAAAAAAAAUUGUUUUUUUUUUUUUUUUACCAAAGGUCGUUUACUUUUCUAUAUGUUUAACUAUUAAUAAGUUGUACUGGAUUGAAAACCAACUCAUCGACGUUUCUACUCGAUUUUAUACAUCGGUGAGUUGGUGUUGGGGAGUUGAACCGUCGGCGACUCGACCGAAUACUGUGGAAUUUACCUCACUGUCUUGGUGCAACUAAUGGAAAACAUGUUAAUAUGAAAUGUCCAAAUAAUAGUGGAUCUUUAUAUUACAAUUAUAAAAGCUUUUUAAGCCUUGUAUUAAUGGCAAUUUGUGAUUCUCACUACAAUUUUACUUUGGUAGAUAUUGGUGACUAUGGGAGCAGUAAUGACAGUGGUGUUUUAUCACAUUUCAUAUAUGGGAAAAGCCAUUGA